AAUUAUAGCAAAAAUAUAGCAUAUGAUAAAUGAAAGUGCUAGUAUAAUGAUAAUGGAGUGUUGUUAUAGCAGGCGUAUAUCAAUGCAAAUUAAUAAUUGAUAGAGAAUAUGCAUAGGAAUUUUUACUAGGCCUAACACAAACAAAGAAAUACCAUAGCUCUUUACGUCAGUGUUUAUUCUUCUAAUUUUAGAUUAUUGCAUUAAAGUACAAAGGCUCCAGAAACCCACCUUAUAUUUGUUAUGCUUACAAAAUGCUUAUUUGCAUAAUGGACCAAAAACUGCAAAGCCAAGCAUUAGUGUAAGCAAGCCUGUGUAUAAGCAUACAAUAUUAUCAAUAUUAGAAAUUGGUGUUUUUGUAUGAGAAUAGGAUACUGUAUUGUAGUUAUGUGGCUAAUGGCUAAGUUGCGUCACACCAUAUGUCUUUUUGGUAUAUGGCCGAUUUCUCACUACCAAAUGCUCCAAUCAGCUAUUGAUUUUCUUGUUAGCCUUUUGUCUGAAAUAUAAGUCCAUACAGCCAUUGUUGACUUUGCUUUGCGAUGAUGACUCUAGUAGAAUUUUGCUACAUGUAAACUGCUAUUUUGGAAAAAGUAAAGACAGAGGUUGAUGUUGCAGUAGAAGUGACUGAGGCACCAGAUCAGACCCAAGAUGGCUGAGGAUUCUUCUGAUUGGCUGAAAGAGCACUCACAUGAAAAUCUUGAUGUUCCUGCAGAAGAAAGUUCCACCUUGGAAGAUUCUGGUGAUAUAGCACCUGAAGAUGAUAAUUUGACACCAGAUGAUCAUUAUGAAGAUCCAUCAGAUGAUCCUAUGUUGGAGGAUGAUCUUCCUCCACUGCCUCCUCCAAUGCCACCUCCUGUUCCUUCAUCUCAUUCUCCAGAACUGAAGGAACCAAUUAUUAUUGACAAUGACGACUCUGAAUUUAAGUCUGAUUUUUCUACACCAUUAAUAUCACCCUUUAAAUCUAUAGCUAAAACAUUAAGUUUCUUGCCAAGCUUCUUACGUCCAAGAGAAGAGUCAACUCCUCCUGAGUCAUCUCCGCCUGAUGGUCCUUCAUCACAUGAUUUGGAACUUCAACUGGAAUCAAACGGUCUUGAAAAUGAACCAGAUAGUUCCUCAGAAAUUAAUUAUGAAUUAAAAGAAGAAGUAGAUUUGAGUGAGCAAAAUAAUGUAGAGGAUUAUUAUAAAGGGGAUGAAGAACCAUAUCUAGAAGAUAAUGGUUAUGAACCAGAAUACAUCCAUGACACUCCAGAACCUGAUGUCAGUGAUUCAGAAGUGGGUCCUCCCGAAAUGAUCACUCGCUCAAAAUCUGUUACAUUUGCAGAGGAUGUUGAGUCGAUCGAUAACAAAAGUGAGCCUUCUACACAGAUAUUUUCGUUGUUUCGCAGAUUCUCUGACUCACUAAAACCAAUGCUGUCUCCCACAGAAAAUGAACCCCAAAUUAUUCCUGAACCAGAAGAAGUUGUAGAAUCAAAUUCCACCGACAUGGUAGUGGAGGAUGAUGAGUGGCAAAGCCAUCAUCAUAUUUUAAAAGAAGAUGAAAUUGAAAUUUAUGAGACCGAUAUUGAUCCCAGUGAAGUUCCAAUGAAUGAGUCUCCAGAGGUGGAGGAAGCAUUAGAUACUGAAAAUGGUGAUCAGGUUUACUUACAAAAUAACAACUCUGAAACAUUAGACACUUUAGAUUCUUUCGGUGUAGAAACUUACGAUGAGCCCUCAGAAAAUGUAGAUAUGCUUAACUCGGAUGACCCUGGGACAAUUGAGGGAAACGAUAUUCUGGUCUCUGAGGUUGAUGAAAGCCAGCCAUCACCAACCCCAGGGAGCAUUCCCUUCUCCUUAGGUGUAUUCUCUGGUUUUCGUAGGCCUAGUUCAAAUGAGGCAAAUGAUACUCAAAAUACUGAGGCCAAUGAAAGAAAAGAGCCAUUUCCUUCCACAGGGAGUAUUCCAUUUUCCUUGGGUGUGUUCUCUGGGUUUCGUAGGCCUAGUUCAAGUGAAGCAAAUAAUACUAAUACUGAGGCUAAUGGAACAACCCAGGAACCAUCACCAACCGCAGGGAGUAUUCCCUUCUCCUUAGGUAUGUUUUCUGGGUUUCGUAAGCCUGAGGCUAAUGAUAAUAAUAAUAAUAAUACCCAAGAGGCCAAUGAAAACCAGGAGUCACCUUCCACAGGAAAUGCUUCCUUUUCCCUUGGUGUUUUCUCUGGGUUUCGCAGACCUCUUUCGAAUGAGGGAAAAGAUAUUUCCGAAGCCAAUGGAACCGAGGAAUCUCCUUCCACAGGGAAUGCACCCUUUUCCUUUGGGUUUUCUGCGUUGCGUGACGUGGUUCCCGUCAUUCCUUUGCCAUCAUUUCCUAAUUCCGAAACCUUGGACGAGGAAGUUGUGGAGGAGACAGAAAGAGUUUCUGGUGAGCAGGAAGCAAUAGUAAUUCCAGAUGUUUCUGUGCAAGAGGUUCAAGAAUCAGGUGAGACUGAACCCAGUACUGCUCCAGUUGUUUUGGGCGGUCUUGUUGCAUCUGAAAAGUUUGGGCAAGAUGAAGAGCAGGUUUUAGAAAAUAUAGAAGACGAAACUGUUAUCUUAACCACCACCACCAGUACUGACAUUGAUGUAGUCGUAGUUUCUGAGAAUGAAACUGUACAAAGCGAAAUUCCUGCUGAAAUCACAGCGGAAAUCCCACCUCAACUUGCCGCUGAACAACCAGAGCUUGGCACCGAGGAAAAGCUUUUCAAAAAACAGACGUCGUCCAGUGAAGUGCCUAAGCGAUAUUCUAAGGACCUGGAGAAGGGAAGUUCAACCAGUUUAACAAGCUUAUACAGUGCCGGUGGAGAGGCAUAUGGCAAAAUUCCUAUCACUGGGGAUGUGCAGUUUGGCCUUUCAUACAACCACAAGCUCAUUCAGUUCUCCAUUAACGUUGUCUCGUGCCAAGAUCUUGCCCCCGUGGAUACAAAGAAGAACAAGUCAGACCCUUACGUGAAAAUUUACCUCCUACCUGACAAGGGACGAAACGGAAAGAGAAAGACCAAAACGAAGAAAGGGACCAUCAACCCACAGUUCAACGAGGUUCUCCGGUACAAGAUCAAGGAAACAGAGCUUCGAACCCGCACGCUGAGCGUAGCUGUCUGGAACCAUGACAAGCUUGGCCGCAACUUCUUCCUUGGGGAGGUGCUUUUGCCUCUCGAUGACAUCCAGUUUGAUAAUUACAACCCUAAGUGGCACCAGCUGUUACCAAAAGUGAUGCUUGAGGAGGGCGGUAUUAUCUAUAAAGGCGACAUCACGCUCGCUAUCAAGUUUGAGGGCGAAGGAGCGGAAGCAGACCAAAAACAGGCAAAAUCAAAGGGAUCUCUCCUCGUACACUUCAAGAGCGCUAAGAACUUGACAGCUGUUCGACUCAAUGGAUCAGACCCUUAUGCUAAAUGUUAUCUUGAGCCAGAUCGUUCUAAGGCCGGCAAGAGGAAAACAAGCCACAUCCGGAAUAACUGCAACCCUAAUUGGGACCAGCAAGUCCAGUAUGACAAUGUGACGUUGGAAGGGCUCAAGCUACGCGCAUUACAUGUGACCGUGUGGGACCAUGAUACCCUCUCAGCGAAUGAUUUCCUUGGAGUAGUCAGUCUAAGUUUAGGAACAGGCCGAGUUGGUGGUAAGGAAGUCAACUACAUGAAAUCUAAAGGAGAAGAAAUUCGAAUCUGGGAAGAAAUGCUUGCAAAGCCAAACACCUGGAUAGAGGCUACCAUUCCUCUAAAAGCCAAACUAUAGGUGGCGGUAUAAAACAAAAGCAAACAAAAAAAACAAAAACAAAACAUCUAUAUGGCCAAUUAAAGUGACAAUAUUUGAUAGUCAUCCAUUUUUGACUAUUGCAUUUGAUCUUGACCACAGCUCAAACUAAAGAAGAAAUUCAUAUAAAUCAAUUUGAAGGAAUGCGGUCAUAAAGUUCUACUACCAGUAUCCUACUAAAGUAAAAAUAUUCAUAUUUAUGGUUAAGCCUUACAAUAAUAAUCAAUAAACAUAACAUUGAAUGGUAUGUAUACUGGGGAUCGAAAAAGGUGUUUUUAUAAUGACCAUAAAGUGUGGUAAAUUAGAGUAGAAGUUAUUAUAUAUGCAAUUUGUAUGCCUUCAAAUGAUGUCCUGAAGGAAAAUGUUUUAUUAUAUAAUCCUUCUAGUGUAAUGCAACACUGAAUAAUGCAUUAAUCUUCUAAUAAUUCCGUAUUACAACAACUUCCAUAAAUAGUGUUGAUAGUGACCAAUGCUUGUGGAUUUUCAAAUCCUCAAGUUUUUCUAUUCUCCGUGUCUUCUGAAGUACAUUUUUAACAAAUUUAAUAUUCAACUAUCUAGGUUAUGCUUUUAGCCUCGUAUUGUUAUCAGAUAUUCAAGUUUAAAGUUCAUUUGCAGUUAUUGAUUUCGAUACCACUUUCUGUUAGCUUAACGAAUCUGUAUUUAAUUAUUUAUUUAUUUAUUUAUUUGAAUUAUCCCUUUAGAUUAGUGUCAAUCACAUCUAAUAGGGGCAUUCAAUACGAAAGAAAAACCAAGUAUUAAUACAGAGCUUUACUAGUAUUAAGGAAUUUUACGGUGUGUUUGAGCAUAUUGCUCCUGGUUAAUCUCUCAGGAGUCAGACUUUUAUCAAAUAACAAAAUCAAUCAGCUGAUGUUGAUUAUGUUUAUUUAUGUAUUAGAUAUUCACCAGGCCCUAAUGUUAUUAAUUAGCCUAAUGUAAUUAAUCAUUGAUAAGACCCUGUAAGUAAGUGGAAUGCAUAUUUUUUUGGCUGACUUCUCUCUUCGCACAAAAAGUAAAUUAUUAUUUAUAGUCACCAUGGCAUAAUUGAAUAGACACUGUGCCAUGUCUGACAAUCAGCUACAUCAUUUCAAGUCAAGAAAGUUUGUAUUUCAUUGUUUUCAUAAUUUCCAAUCUUUGUACCAUGCAACAAUAUAUUUCACUCUAGAUACUCUCUAAUUAACUACCCACUACCUGCGACAUACCCUUGUCAUAUGCAAAAGUGUACUAUCUGUGUAAUGUCAGUAACCCCCACAAACACUACCUAAGAUUAAAAAUGUAUAGAUAAGUCUAACAUACAUAAUUUAUACCUUUUACAACCACAUUUCCCUUUGAAAUUGCCAAUUCAGCAGGGAAUAAAACAAUUAUUUGGUUAUAUGUAUAUGUGGUAAAAUAAAACAUAAAUAGUUGGUUAAUUAAUAUCAUAUUUAUGUUAACUAUUUAUGCAUGUGUAAUAAUUUACACACAUAUUAUUGGUUAAGAUAUUAAAUAAAUAAUUUGCUUUUAUUUAUGAUGAGGCUGGUAAUAGAGGGCCACAUUUUGUGGGUGGCUAACCCUCUCCAAGUCUCCGUAUUAUCCGACUAUUAAGGUAGAUUAUCAUUAGCAUAUAUGCAAUAUCACGUGCCUCUGACUAAAAUAUCAGAUUUAGUAGAAGUACCUGACUGUAAGCUACACUAUUUGAUCCCUUGCCUUGUGUUCCUUGGCCCAGAUGAACUUGUUGUAAUGGUGUUAGCUUAAGGUUGAGAUAAGUUGGGGUACUGCUGCCUUUCUAAGCCUUUGGAUGAUGGAUCAUUAAUUAUUCCAAGGUUUAGUAAUAUUGAUGAUUUUUAUGGGGAUCUAAACUAAUGGUUCAUGAUGAAUAAUACUUCCUUUAUUUAUUCAAUUGUAUACUAAAAGUAGAAUAGAUUAACUAAAAUGUUUUUUAUUGCCUAUGAUUAAAUAUGAAUGCUGUAUUCUCGAUUAAUAAGUUUGAAAAGUUUAAUAACAAAAUUUAAAUUUAAUUCUGUUAAAAAAUCUGUUAAAUUAAAAUCACUUUCAUUAAUCAAAUUGAUAAUAGCUUGCCAAAUACAGGGUGUACAUACAAAAAUAUUUAAAAAUUAACUAAUUCUCAUUUAAUGGAAUAGAGAAUAUCUUGUGCAUUACACUGCCAUAAUAUAUACAGGAACUGUUGUAUUAAUAUGGGGAUCUAUUUCAAUUAGCAAACCAGCCAAAUUUGAAUAUAAAUUAUGAAGGAAUCCAAUAGCAUGGUACAUUUAUCAAUCUGCAAUUGCUCGACAUCUUCUCGUGUGUCUGUAUGUGCACGUUUUUGACUGGUUUGCUAAUGAAGAAUGGACCCAUGGGAGCGCACUCUGCAACUUUUUGAAUGCUUGUUCUUUCAAGUCAUAUUAUGCAUCAUGACAAUCCAAUGAUUGAACCCUCAAAUUUUUGGAUUAGAGAAGUACUGUACCAUCAAAUACCACUAAUGCAAACAUUCCUAUAGUGUAAUUACAAACACGACUUUAUUCAAAGUAGAAUGAGAAGAAUACAUUUUUGAUCAUCAUUCAAUAAAAUCUACAUCCAAAGCACACUUACUUUGACAAUAAAUUAUUUACACAUAACAUGGUCCAUAAUACUGUAUGUAGAUUAUAGAAUUUAUAAAUAUAUAUAUAUUAUAUAAGUGUAUAUCGUUUCUGAUUGCAAUGAUAACUUGGUCAAAGUAUAUUCUAUAGACUUAUUAAAUGGGGAAAACUGAAA